AUGCCACCAAAAAAGGUAUGUAAUAAAACGAAUUGUUUAAAAUAGAAUAUCCUACAAUAUCCUGUGUAUAAUAUCCUAUAUUAUAUAUUUGUGGCUCGGUGCGAGAAAGAUCAAUUUCGCUACACUUAGAAUCUAAAAAAAAAUCUGUUAUAAUAGUUAUGGACUUUACAUUCGAUUUCUGGUAAUUAAUACAUUUUUUUUCAACUUCUAAUUUUCAAUUUUCAAUUUUUUGUUUGACAUUAGCCUUUUGUGCACCAAGAUGAACAGAAGACUUUAUUAUUGUGUAGUAUAAUAUUACCACUAGAUUAUAUAACGUUUAUGCCUACUUUUGUAAUUAUAAAUCUGUAAACAUUUAUUGAAAAAUUUCUGUUUACCAUCACAAUCUUGUUAAUCGAGCUUCUAAUGUAUUAACUUAUUAUAAACUUAUUUUUGAUUUUUCCAACUAUAAAGUAAAGGAAUUAGAAUUUAAAAAAUAGCUUGUCUUGUAAAUAAUAUAUAUUAAAAAGAAUGUUAAGGGAGCAAUUCUUCCUGAUUUCUACCCUUAAACAUGCUACUGAUUAGGUACCUUAAUAAUUAUAACUUACUUAUAAAUUGUACAGCUUAUAAUUUCAUAUAGCCACAUAGGUUAAUUCGAUAGUAAUUUUUAUAAUAUAUAGCAGGCUAAAAAAAAGAGAUCUGGAAGAAUGGCCAAAAAAGGCGGACAAGUAGUGCUUCAAGAAGAAAUCAAUACCAACGAAGAUUGGGAAAAAAUGUUAGAAAAACCCGGACUUUAUGGUAAGCGAAAAUAUUAGUAAAUAUAAUCAGUCAACCAAAAUAAUAUUAUAACUAUAUAUAUUAUUAAUUGAUUUGUUUGACUAAAAUAAAUUGUUAUAGGUUUUUUAAUUUAUUAACCAUAUAAUAAUUUAUCACUUUAUGACAUCAAAUGAAAACUUUUUUUUUUAAAAUUUUCGAGCAUAUUUUGAAUACAUAUAUGCAAAUAAUUAUUUAAAGUUUCUUAUGGCAUAGGGCAUAUAAAAUAAGUGCUCUGGAUUUAUAACCGUUUAUUAAAUAUUCAUACAUAUUUCAGUCAUUGAUGUAUAUACAGAAUGGUGUGGUCCUUGUGUACCAAUGAUUGCGUACUUGAAAAAAAUUAAACUAGAACUGGGCAACGAAAGUCUACAUUACGCUAUCGUAAGUACACAGGCACCUAUUUUAUGUAGGUAUAUACUUAAAACUUUAUAAUACGGUAUUAUGAUUUGUAUAAUGUAUGAAUUUAUAUCCCGUUUUAAUGAUUAUAAACUUUAUAACAAGUCGAGCUAUAUUCGAGUGCGUAAUAUAAUAAUAUAAGUACUUAUGUAGCUAUAAGUUAUUAUUUUUUAAAAGUUUAAUAAUAUAAUUUAAUUUCAGAUUAAUAUAUAAAUAUUAUAUAUUUAUAUAAUACACAAAAUCUAUACCUAUCAUUUCGGUCGUGCAUACGACUAUUAUAGAUUCUCAGUGUAGUGAUUAGUGUACUGGCUGAUGUUUGUUUUGUUUUUGAUAUUUUAUAAAACUUUUUCCCCCGCAUGCUUGUUGAUCAUUUUUCUACUAGAAAUCUUGCUUCGCCCAUCAGUUUUAGAAGUGGUUUUGAUAAUUGGGAAAAAAUAAAUACAUACAAUAACUGACGGUUUUUAUUAUUUUCGAUUUUGUGUAGAAACUUUCAAAAUUCAUCAAAUGAUUAUAUUAGCACUUUUUAGACGUAGUUAGAUUUUUAAAACAGUCAGACUUUUGAAAAAUUUAUAUUAAUUAAAGCUAUUUGAAAAUUUCAAGUUUUUUUGAUUUUAUUUGGUUCAUGUGAAAAUAUUUGAAAAUUUGAUACAAGGUUCAACAUUGUUCUUAUUAUGGCCCUAAAAAUAUAUUGAAAAUCCGAAGUCACAAUUGUUUUAUAAUUUUUUUUUAAAUUUGAAAUUUUAAUGAAAAUCAUAAAAAUCAAAAUAUUUUGUGUACUAUUCAAUUUACGAAAUACAAAUUUAUUAGCCUAACAAUAUUUUGUUAAAUUGUCCACGAAUAUUGAUUCAUAACAAAUAUGUUUAUACUUUUUACCUUAUUAACAUAAUAUUUUGGCUAUUUUCGUAUGCGGCCAUUAUUUCCUAGACUCCGUUAAAAUAUACCGGAACCGAACACAUCUAUUCGUUAUAAUAUACCGGAACCCAAUUCAUGCCAUCGGGUCCAAAUCGAGGUCAGCCCGUAUUUACUAGUCUGAAUUAAUAAUCAAUGUAUACAAUAAUUUAAUUAAAAUAUACAAACUGUAGUGACCGGACUUGACAGUAUAGUGUAAUACUAAUAAAUUACGAAGUUAUCUUUAGUUGUCGGCUCUUCUGAAAUGUAAAGUAAAUAAAAAUAUUUACACACCACCCUUUACAAACAAAGAAAUGGUAUUAACGGGAGAAACGUCGUUUAGCAACAAAAGCGGUCCUUUCGGGGCUUGGUUAGUAUUUGGCUUAUGAAUUAUUAGAAACAAUUAUUAUUAGAUAGUUGUUCACGAAAAGUAUAAUUAGGUAUAAAAUCAAAUUUAAGUUUUAAUUCUUAAUUUACAUACAUAAAAUAGUUUUAUGCCAUAGCAUUCAAUAUAGUAUUUAAAUAGCGGACUUGGAUAUACGCAACGGAGUCGUAUUUUUAGAAAAGAACGAAAUAACGACAAAGUGGAAUCCAGAUUACUUACCGUAAAUAGUGAUUCUUUUAGGCAUGGCUCAGCCCUCUCGGACAAAAUUUAAAGAAUAAUAAAGAAAUAUAAAUAUUAGACAAAUUUAAUUUUGGUAUCAUUAUAUUGUUGGAUACUAGGGACGAUAAAUAUUAUUGAAUAUCAAAAAUAACAUUAGAUAAAUUUUUCAUUAGUUCAUCAAAAGCGUAUCAUUGUUGUAGACUGUAAUAUAUUUAUUACUUUACUAUUUUCUAAAUGGUAAAGUGUGUUAACAGUAGUUGUGUUACAAUAGAUACACAAAUGUGAUUGAAAUUUGUACUAUAUAAUAAAAAAAAAUAAAUGUAUAAAUUAAUAUUUUUUUAAAUUAAAUUAAAUUAAAUUGACAAGUACCUACUGCAAUAAUUCCAAGCUUAUGGUAUAUUUGAGAUUAUUACUUAAGAAAAUGGUUUGAUCCUAUUUCAGUUCUUUCAGUAUAUUUUUAACUUUAAAGUUUUGUAUAGGAAUGAAUGUAUAUAGGGUGUAGGUAUAUUAUAUUUUUUUUUCUUAUAAAUGUUUAUAAUCUGACCUAACUACUUUGCUUAUUUGUAUCUGCCUAAACUUAAAACUGGAUUAUCUUGUCAACGAAUUGAUGGAAAAUUUAAAAUUUAAAUACCUACUAAAAUAUUUUUAAACUAAUACUCCAUCUAUUUAUGACAUUUUUAAUAUAGGUUGUCAUUUGAAAAUCAAAAGUAGAUUUACCCUUAUUUUUAAGGGUGAUAAAAAUUAUGGUAAUGUGACAUUUUACAGAUGGUUUUUUCUUAAAUGUUCUUAAAUUUUUAAAAAAGGUAAUUAUUAUCAAAUAAUUUAUUUUUCACGAUGUAAUAUAAAUGACCCCCCGGAGAAAAUCGUCUAAAAGAAACACUGACCGUAAAAUAAAACUGAACAAUUUCUACUGCAGCUUUCGUUCCUAUAAACAUAUUUAUGCACUGAAUGCAAUAAUUUUAACGGUAUACAAUUCGAGUUCAAAAAGCUUUUAUUGAUAUAGAAAUGAAAAUAUUUUAAUAAAAGUUAUUUUAAAGUGUAUCAUGCAUAAAAUGUAAAAUAAUAAUCUUUUACUUCUUAUCGUGUUCGGUGCCGGGCUUAUAUGUUAUUAAAUUAAUAAUUAAAAUAAACUGAGAAUAAAAGUAGGAUAAAAUAUUAAUUAUAAAAUAAACGUUUAGAUAUUUUUUGACGGUUUUUACCAUGUUUUUCCCAUUUAUCGGAAAAAUCUUGGAAAAUCAAAAAAUUACCUCCUUAAAGUACCACCCUGAUAAGAUUAACUUUCAGAAAAAGUGAAAUUAUUGAAACUCGGAGUAAAAUUGCUGAUAGAAAAGUUGACCACAGAAAAAAAAAAUAAACAUCAUUGUAAAAACAUAAGCUUCUUCGCUCCAAUUAGAAUCUAAAAUGUAUUCCUAUUGAUUAUUAUUGAUUUUUAAUGUAUUCAACUUAUGUAUAUUUUAUCAUUAUAAUUAGGUGAAAUCAGACUACAUUUCCGUUUUGGAAAGACUUCGGCAAAAAAGUGAACCUCAUUGGUUGUUUUUUUUUGUACGUAUAGUUUAUAUACUACUAUUAUUGUUAUUGACAAUAUUAUAAUUAAUACAUAUUUGGUCGAAUAAUGUUAAUUAUUAUAUUUAUGUAUUUAUUGUCAUUUGCGUACAAGGAUGGGAAAUUUGUUAAUCUCAUUAUUGGCGCCAAUGCUCCUAGACUAAUGAAAGUAAUAACGGAUGAGGUGGAACGUUACGAAAAGUUUAAAAAAGGAGAAAUCGAAAUAGAGUUUGUGGGUAUAUUAUAAUGUUAUUAAUUAUUAUAUUUGUUUAUGCUUGACCAUUCAAUAAUUAAUUAUAACUAGUUUACACAAUAAUCUAAAAUUGACACACAGAUUUCUAUGGAUAAUGUGACCAGUGAGGAACAAAGAAAAUUGGUAGAAAAAGAACAGUACGAAAAACAGAAAAUGAAAAAAGAAAAAAAAAUUAGAGGUGAGCAAUUUUAUAUGAUAUUAAAUUAUAUGAUUUGAUUAUUUGAGGUUUGAAUUCGUAUUCCGUGGACGAGUAAAAUAGAGUACCUAAAAAGUGAUGGUCUUUUUUUCAGACGAUAGGAUGAUGAAAGUGAGAGAACACAGUCUGAAAAAGUUUUCUGUAAAUGUUCAAAUGCAAACGUGUGUCGUAUUUUUUCCACACACUAUCACUUACGUUAUGGUGGAAAAACCCUCGAAAGAGGAUGCCGUAGAGGAGCUCGAAGAAUUGCCUGAACCAAUAAUGAUAGAAAAAAGAGUUUGUGAGGUGGCCAAUUUGUGUGCUCUUAAAUAUGAAGAGUUUAUCGUCGUCGAAGCCAAGGAAAUUCAAUUGACGGAAGAUACUUUGGAAGAGGUAUUUAAAUAAAUAUAUUUAUCUUAUAUACAUAAACUUAGACAAGGCAUAAAUCAUAAUUACGUAUAUAGAUUAGUUAAGAUAUUAAAUAUUAUUUAAAUUGAAUAGUUGAAUUAAUUUAGUAAAAUUAUUAUUUCGUUAACAAAAUAACAACUACAGUUAUAUUAUUUAUGAUAAUUUUUAUUUUUGUACAGUAUUUGUUACUAUAUUUCUGAAGUAAUGUAUUUAAUUAUUUGACUUAUAACAAAACUGGAAUAAUGAAAAAUAAUUUAAGCUUUGGUAUUAUUGAUAAACUAAUAUGUUAAAUAUAGCUUUUUUUAUUUUGUAUUCCAUUAUAAUAGGUUAAUACCUAUGUUUGUUUUAGAUGUUUUCAAACGAAAAAGAGGUGUUAGAAAGUUUCUCGGCCAGAUUUGUUGACGAAUUGUUAAAUAAAAAAGUGUAUUCAGUGAUGUUGUCAUUGCCCACCAUAAAAAAUGACGCCGCCGAAGAAGUGGCUACCGAAGAUGAAAAUCCACCUGAUCCCGUCGAGAACAUGGGAUUGGCAGAGAAGAAGAUGAGCACGAUAAUUUAUGGCAACGGGAAUCCAUUGUAUCCUACCCCAAAAUCGUAAGUUUUUUAAUAUUAUGUUAUAAUAUGUUAAACAUAAUACGUAAUUAUAACAUAAUAAUUUAAUCGAUACAAUUAAUACCAAUUAUAAAUGUGUUACUAUAUAGAUUAGCAGCUGAAAAUAUGAUAGUAAACGAUUUUGGAGAAAAAUUACCUUCGUUGUAUACGCCUACCAAUCCGUUAAGUAAAACCUCAGCCCUCACUGUUUUGUUCAACAAAUUUUGCAUAAAUAAUGGAUACGUCGCACCUCAGCCCCCUUCGCCACAGGUUAGUGUAAUAUAGUUACUGACAGUUUUUAGCAAAUUUUCGUGUGGAUGUUUUAAAUAGAAUAAAAAUAAUUUUUAAACAAUAUCUCUCCGAUCAUUGAAAAUGUGCAUAAUUCUAAAAACGAUUUUCGAUCGGUAUUUGGCAGCUUACGCAUUAUUAUAGUUGUCGUCGUAUUUUGUACUGUUAUAGUAUCUCAUAAUAUUCGAAGUCAACAAAUCUAACGUUGUAUUACCAAUUAUCGAGGACCUCGAAGACAAUAUCUACCAUUAUGGUUUUUUUCGCAGCGCCGAUCCUGAAAACCCGAGACUACUGUGCAAAGAUCACGAGUUGUUGACGACGUAUGGUAUGGAUAAAAUCGGGUAGGUUGCACCCAUUUACGUUUAUGAUUAAAAGAAAAUCAUAAACUAUUUUUUCGAAAUGAUUCCAUGAAUAUAUACUAAUUUUUCUUAUUUUAAAAUCGAUCUUCGAUAAUGCCGUUAUAGUAUAAAAAUAAUAUUGGAUUAAUUAAUUUGAAAAUGUAUUAACUCCAUAGUAAAGAUGCAAAACUGGUGUUGUCCGUAGUCAAAGAUGACAAGGACAAGAGCAUGUUACGGUUCGUUGACGUCGGGCCCAUUUACGUGAGUCCUGACUCCGAAUCGGGCAUUGACGAUGCUAUUAAAUUUUUCCCGCACGACUUUGACGAGAUGGAAGGCGAGAUAAAACUGUGGCUGGUACAGCAGUUGGCCCGGGACGAAGAAGCUGCGGUUGGUGAAGAAUUCGGAUCUCAGGGUGAGGGCAAGGAGGAAUGCUUGGGUGAAGAAGAGGCAGUUACUCCGGAAGAAUCAUAG